AGGGGGCUUCAGGGCCUCCCAGUCCACCGCCGGAUUGGCGAGUGAGACGCUUGUAGAUCCAAGGUUGGAUUGGGGUGGGGUCUCUGGGACGUUGGCUAGCGAGGCGAGGAUUGGGGGGAUUUAAGUGCUUAGAGAUCGAAGGCAGGCCUUGAGUAGGGGGAGUCAGACAAUUGGAAAGCCGAGGUGGUUAUUUGGGGAGGGGUCUCGGCGCCUGGGCGAAGCGCAAGGCUGCGCCCGCCUGGCUCGAGGCCUUGUCCAGGCAGGUGUCUGUGAAGGGUGGGCCCGACCCGGCCAGGCCAAGAGCAAGAAAAGUGAACAAACCAGGAGUGCUAAGUGGGCGGGGGGCCCCUGAGCGGGGGGUCACAAAGGGUGAGACAUGGCCACCAGGCGUUUAACCGACGCUUUCUUGUUGUUGCGGAAUAAUUCCAUCCAAAACCGGCAGCUGUUAGCCGAGCAAGAGCUGGACGAGCCAGAUCAAGUCAAAUUCAUGUUCACAAGUAUGUCCAAGAAAAUUAAGAACUGGUGCAUGAAAAGAUAGGAAAACAGUCCCAAAUGCUAGCAGUACCAAAGCAAGCUUAUGAUACAGCUUGCCGACGACCGUAUGGCUCUGGUGUCGGGCAUUAGCUUAGAUCCAGAAGCAGCAAUCGGCGUGACAAAGCGGUCGCCCCCUAAGUGGGUGGACGGAGUGGACGAAAUACAGUACGACGUUGGCCGGAUCAAACAGAAAAUGAAGGAAUUAGCCAGCCUUCACGACCAGCAUUUAAACAGGCCCACCCUGGACGACAGCAGUGAGCAGGAACACGCCAUUGAAAUCACCGCCCAGGAGAUCACUCAGCUCUUCCACAGGUGCCAGCGCGCCGUGCAGGCUCUGCCCGGCCGGGCCCGCAAGGCCCGCUCCGACCAGGAGGAGCGGCUCCUUCGCAACGUCGUGGCCUCCCUGGCCCAGGCCCUGCAGGAGCUGUCGGCCAGCUUCCGGCGCGCGCAGUCGGGCUACCUCAGACGCAUGAAGAAUCGAGAGGAAAGAUCCCAGCAUUUUUUUGAUACAGCAGUACCACUAAUGGAUGACGGAGACGAUAAUACUCUCUAUGAUCGGGGUUUUACAGAUGACCAGUUAGUGCUGGUGGAACAGAACACGCUGAUGGUGGAGGAGAGGGAGCGGGAGAUACGCCAGAUCGUGCAAUCCAUCUCUGACCUGAAUGAAAUCUUUAGGGACUUAGGAGCGAUGAUCGUGGAGCAGGGUACGGUCCUUGAUAGAAUUGACUAUAAUGUCGAGCAGUCCUGCAUCAAAACCAAAGACGGCCUGAAGCAGCUUCACAAGGCAGAGCAGUAUCAGAAGAAGAAUCGGAAGAUGCUUGUGAUUUUAAUAUUAUUUGUCGUCAUCAUUGUCCUCAUUGUUGUCCUGAUCAGCGUGAAGUCUCGCUAGGCGGCCGUGCGGCCACGUGGGCCGCCCGUGUGCGCUCCCGGGCGCGAGGGGCUCGGCCGCCCUGCGGGCACAGCGGAGGCGCGGGCUGCGGACCCCGUGGGGGCGGCGAGCGCCUGCCUGGACCCCUCGUCACGGUCGUGCUCCAGCAGGGGGAUGAGCUGCUGUUUCUCCUUCAUUGUCAAGAAUUUAAGGACCUUUGAUGCUGCUGCAGAAUAGAGAUUGAGUUCUGUCAUCAGUUAUAAUAUAUAUUUUUUUUAGAAAGAGAAAAUGAGUUGAAUGUUUACAGGCACUCCGCAAGCUGUUCGAUAUUGUAUGUGCAUAUGCUAUUUUUUUAGCAGUCAUGUCUGAGCAGCAUGUAAAAAUAAUUUUUGGAAACGUUUUUUAAAAACCAUCUGGUUUUUAAGAAAUUUGGUACCAAAAAUUUAUGAGUAGAGGCAAAAAUGCCUCUUCAUCUUUCUCUGUAUAUUUUCCAGUUGAAAACAAACUGAGAAGUCCUUUAAGAAUUUAUAAUCCGUUCCCCAUUAACUUAAUUUAGCUUUUCCAUCACUGUUAAUGAUCAGAGUAACAAAGUGUGAAAAAUAAGAGACCAUCAUUGAUGUUAAUUAACACAUUUAGAUGGGCCAGUUAAAACAGCUUCAUAAGUUUAAAUUAAUCGUAAAUGGACUAUUCCUCAUUUAGAGUUUGUGCACUGCAUUUCCUACUGUACACCAAAAGGGGUUACCAAACAAAACCACCUAAAUUUAAAAGUUGGUGAUUUGAACCAACCGCACCUGAAAACAUGAAAAAGGGAAGCUUGGCCGUGUCAUGAAAGUCACCAGAAUCAGCCAGUGUGCCCCUGUCCUCGUCCCCAGCCAUCCUUGCUCAAUCCAUUACUUAUGCACUAACUACAUAAUGACCUGUUCAAACUAGCCACCAUUUAAUGAACUGUGAAUUUACACAGAGGCCAUUCUAAAUGGGUCACCCCAUUCAGGAUUAGUGGAUCUCAAAUUAUUAACCAAACAUCACUCCAUUUCAAAGUAGAAUAUUCCACCAGGGGCAUGAUUUAUCGGCUCUUGCGUUGCUGCUUAACAUGCCCAGAAAGUAAGCACGUUCCGACAGAUUGUGAAAAUCUUGACUAGGAGUCCCUCGUUUGUGCGAGCGAGCACGAAUCAGAUCGCCAGAGUGGGACUGUGCCGUUUUCUUACCUAUUAUCACUAUGGUGCUCGAAUAUAUUCCUGGAACUGUAGAAUAAUGUGGAAAGCGAUGAUAGCUUUGAAAGCUCAACUUGUUCGUGUUUUUACUUGGUCUUGAGACGCCAGUAUAGUUCUAAUGGUCUUUGUAUAAUUUUCGAUGGCUUUUCCAUUGUUUUUUACCUCUCCUGAGAAGUUUGUGAAGAGCGUGACCUCAUUAAAUGUGCUGUGUUUUAUUUGGAUCAGUCACAUAAAAUGUGUCUUUAGAAUUGACUUUGAAGUCGUUUCCAGAAACUUAAACGCAAGUCCAGACGUUCAGGUUGUCCAAACAGAUCAUGGUCUUAGCACCCACACCCAUGCCCCAGCCUUCCCCUUCCCAAGUUCCCGGCCACCACUGGUUUUCUCACGACCGAUGUGGCUGUAGAACGAUCCGAAGGUGCCCCUGGCAUUUCAGGAAAUCGCCUGGUAUUCCCUGACCAACCAUUAUGUAUUAGGCAAAAAGGUCAGGAAGUAAGAAUCCACCUCCUUGAUCACCCCUGACAUGUGGGGCUUCUGCAGAUCUUGAGAAGAGCCGUAGGCAUUUUCUAGUCACAGCGGGUUUUAAUCCGGUGGCCGAGUCGAGAUGUUCCUCUGGACCGACUGCUCCCAGGAGCGGGGGCCGUUCAAGGUCACGGGGCUUCCCUCCCCAGCGGUGGACAGUGGCGACAGGAGGCUCGGUGGUCUUAACGUGCAAGGCAAGUGACCCUUUGAGAAAGGAUCGCCAGAAAAAAAAAAGAAAGAAAAAAAAGAAAGGAUCACCAUUUAUUUAUAUUUAUUUUCAGUUAACAGGGUGAUUGGAGCUGGUUUUUGCCCCCCUCACCCACCAGGGUAAAGUAACGGAUCUGACAGAAGUGAUCUUGAGGAUCUCGAGUGAACCGAGAAAAGCAGUGCAGUGCCACAGAAAGCACCCCCCCCCCCUCUGCUGCCAUCACCUUGUCCCCAGGCCACCUUGUCCCCAGGCGGGGAAGCGGCCCCAGGGCGUGUGCUCCUCACAACACUGUAUUUUUCUUUUGAGCCUUUACUUAGGGAAAGAUCAGCAGCCUUGGGGGAAGUAAGAGUAGAUUGGUCCUGGGGCCCUGGGACCUCAGGGUAACGGGUGAUCCUCUGCCUCUGAAGGAGACGGGCUCCUUUCGCUCCAGACGGCCAUUGUCCCAGGGAGGGCCGGGCCAUUCAGCUCUGUUGGGCUCUGGUGGUAACGAUCGCCAGCCCGGUCUCUCCCCGCGCCUGGGACACGACCGGAGAAAGGGGGUGGGGGGGAGGGGGAGGCUCCCUCUGGGCAGCCCUGGGCUCGGCCCCUGGACACCUGCCCCCUUGAACGUGUCCGGGGGUGGCUCCGUUGACGGGGCCGGAGGGGAGAUAAGGAAACGUUUACCGUCAGGUCUCCAAAGCUCCUGAUCUUUCCUGCGAUUGUAACAAGUCUACUGUCUCUUGUUGUAUUAAUUUGGGGGUGGGGGGUGCUGGCUUCGCCAUGGGCGUGAAGCGGUGUGUGUCUCUAAUUUAACGGAUUUACCGCUUUCUCUGCUAAUUGAGAGAGCAUUAUUUAUUUGUUUUGACACAAGUGCUUUCAGUGUUUUAUCCUAGCUAAUGGCUUCUUAAAGGUAAUAAAACCCUUCCAACCUAA